AUGAACGGGUGGCUCUUAAGAAGUAUACACACCCAGUUUUCCAGAAGUAGAAAUGGCAAUGGGAAAUGCUGCAAACAGCUAGUCCCUUCGAAUCCAUCUGAGAGACCCCUAUGCACAAGUAGAUGUUUAUCAAGUACACGAACAUUGUGUGUGGAUGCAGCAUUUGAAAAACAAUGCAAUAAGAUAAAUCUGAGAUUUAUGGGAUAUACAAGCUAUUCAUCUUGGAUGGGAAGGUGGCAGACAUUUGGAUAUGGUAUUAUUACAAAUCAAGUGGGAUUCAGCACAACUUCUACAAAGGAAAAUUUCAGCAAGGGAGGAGAAGAGAAAAAGAACCAUACGAAGCAACAUAAGCCAGUUAGCGAAAAUGAAAAAAAUGAAUCAUUGAAUCAGGACACAAAUGAGAUUAAUUCAAAUGAUGAUGAUAUAUAUGGGAUAAAUGAAAAUAUGGGAAAAAAAAAAAAAAAAUCCAAGUUGAAAUUAAUAGUUUAUACUUUUACUAUCGGAUUUGGUUUUUAUGUAAUUUACAAGGUGUAUCAAAAUGAUAUGAAUUUAUCGAAAGCAGAAGAAAGCAUUGUUAAAGAUAUAGUAAACCUUAUAUACACAUAUGAAGAAAAAAUGAGUAUACAGAAUUCUAAAUUUGUAACAUGUCUGGAUGAAAAUUUAAAUAAACAAAUAGCCAUGUACUUUAUUCAAUUGGACACAGACAAGAGCUCUGGAUUUCUAAUAAAUGAUGCCAUUAAUUUUUUAAAGGAUUUAAAUAUAAAAGAAGACAAUACUAUUGUAAAAAAUUUUAUCAAAAAUGGAAAUGGAAAGAAUAUAGAAAUGAAGAAAUUAUCAGGAUGUUCACUACAACAGUUUGCUGAAUUAAUUGAAAGUUUAAUUUUGACCAGCAAGGCGAAAAAUGAAAAUUCCCAAUUUAGUAGUGCAACCGAGACAGCUGCAAGUGAUAAUAAGUAUUACAUGAAUCUUUUGCAGCAGUAUUUGAACUGUUUUAUUAACCUUGUCAAAACGUCUGACUUGUAUUUGUAUUAUCAAAUGAAAAAAAACGCGAGCUCUUCAUCUGACGCAUCCUCUAAAGCAGCAGAAAACAUGGAUGAUUUGGAAAUUUCAAUUCUGAACAAACUUACCAAAUAUAAUGAUAAGUAUGUAGACAAAAAAAAUUUGUCACUGGAUUAUUUAUUAAGCAAUGAAGAAUUAAGAAAUUUUAGACAAAAUAAUAAUGUAUCCAAGAAAGAGGAAGAAAAAGAGUUACUCCUAAUUGAGAAAAAAAAAUUGGAAGAAAAAAUUCAGCUACUUCUCAAACUGCAGUCAAAGAAGAACUUGACGGAGACUGAAAUUAAGCGAUUGCAAGAUUUAAAGAUAAAAUUGAGAAAUAUUAAAUAUAUCAUCAAAAAGGAGGAGUUGAAGAAAUAUUUUCAAAUGAAAUGA